AUGUCACCGGUACUCUACCUCAUAUCCCUCCUUGGGUUGACCUCUGCCUCCGACUUAGUGGGGUGUUUUUCAUAUCCUGAGGUACUCAAAGGUCAAAUUGGAGGACUGCAACCAGGUGUAAUCCCGGUGGACUGUCUCGCCAAUUGCGUUCGCGAUGGCAAGACCUUUACAUACGAAUAUGCUCAAUAUCGCAACGGUCUCGGUUACGAUCAAUGGUGCCUCUGCUCGGAUGAUGCGCCCGACUACCGAUAUCUCAGCUCUGGACCUGACACCUGCGAUCCUGGAUUUUUUACACCUGGAGAUGUAACAGUAUCAGUACCUCUGGCACCCUUCACUUUCGAUGCGUGCUACCCCGGAAUUGGAAACCCGGACCUCGAUUACCAAAUCAAUAAUAUCUUCCAAUGCCUCUCUUCCUGUGCCUCCUACCGAUACGCGAGAUUGGCAUUUCAUGCAGAUGGUGAAGGUGGCUAUUGUCAUUGCUAUUUAAACGACGAGCUGUGGUCUGGAGAACACUACGUACCAUGCAACCGUGGUGCUUGGUAUAUAUAUCAGCAGACCAUCCAGCCCAGUUCUUUCGCUAAAAGAGGUCGGGCUGGAUUGGGUAUCAGCAAGAGCGAACAACUCUGCCCGGAUGGCCUGACUGCUUGUAAUCUCCCUUUGGUCUCAACUGAAGGGUAUGAGUGCAUCGAUAUCGAUAUUGAUCCCGAGUCGUGUGGGGGCUGUCAGUACGGCCGAUAUGAAACGGAUCUUGUUGGGGGUCAGAGCCGACCGACAUUAGGCCUAGACUGCACCAACCUCCAGAAUGCCAUCAUCAAUACCAUCUCAUGUGUACGAGGCCAAUGCAUGAUUGGCUCGUGCGAGGAUGGAUUUGAACUACACGAAGGAAUUUGUGACGUAGUAUGA